UAUUUAUGAAAUGAAAGUUAGAAGGUGCGAGGAACGACGUCGUCAGUAUCUCCCCCUUUUUUGGUUUCUGAACAGCUGUGCAACAAAGGAAGAAAACAAAAAGGCAAAGCACGGGAAGCAAGAUACUUGUAAUUUGGUUGUGAAAAAAGAAAGAAGGAAAGAGCAAUUGGUGUCGUCUCUCCCUUCAACCGCCACCUCUUCAAUGAGGAGAAGGAAGAAGAGGAGGAAAGAGUAUUCAAACCUAUGAAGAAGAAUUCGCCGGCGGCGACCGCCGGAAUAUCAGUGCGAAACGUGUUGUGGUUGUGGUGGAAACUUGUGGUUAUAGUUUCUCUUACUCUUUGCGUGCUAGCUUUUUUGAAGCUCCAAAGCUACUCUCUUUCCGAUUCGGAACUUUCUUCUUCUAUUUCUACUUCUUCAAUUUCUCGUAGAUCUCGAGCUGUUGAUUAUAGCGGCAAUCCUAAAGUUGCUUUCCUCUUUCUAGUCCGUCGCAAUUUGCCUCUCGAUUUCCUUUGGGGAAGUUUCUUCGAGAAUGCAGAGACUGGUAAUUUCUCGAUAUAUAUACAUUCGGAGCCAGGUUUUGUGUUUGAUGAGUCUACUACAAGAUCGCCUUUCUUCUAUAACCGCCAAUUGACUAAUAGCACCAAGAUUGACCUGCAGGUAGCCUGGGGAGAAUCAAGUAUGAUCCAAGCCGAGAAAUUAUUACUUGGGGCAGCGCUUGAUGAUCCAGCUAAUCAAAGAUUCGUUCUCCUGUCGGACAGCUGUGUUCCACUGUACAACUUUAGCUACAUAUACAACUACUUGAUGGCUUCUCCAAGGAGCUUUGUUGACAGUUUUCUUGAUAAAAAGGAAGCCCGCUACAACCCAAAGAUGUCACCCUAUAUACCAAUGAGCAAAUGGCGGAAAGGGUCACAGUGGAUCACUUUAAUCAGGAAGCACGCGGAAGUGGUUGCAGAUGAUGAUGCUGUCCUUCGAGUCUUCAAGAUGUUCUGCAAGAGACGUCCAUCGCUGGAAGCCAGUAAGGGGAAAAAGAAUAUGAAACUUCAAAAGCAGCACAACUGCAUUCCAGAUGAACACUAUGUGCAGACAUUAUUGGCCAUGCAUGGUUUUGAAGGAGAACUUGAACGUAGAACGAUAACCUAUACAGAGUGGAAUGAAUCUGUGACAAAUAUGGAGAAGAGGGGUUGGCAUCCUAUUACAUUUAGCUAUGCGGAUGCUGGGCCUGUACAGAUCAAGAGAAUAAAGGAUAUCAACAAUGUUUACUAUGAAACUGAGUACAGAACAGAGUGGUGUCGGAAUAAUUCUACUCUGGUCCCCUGUUUUUUGUUUGCGAGGAAAUUCUCACGAGGGGCUGCAAUGCGCCUCUUGAGUGAAGGAGUAGUUUCUCAGUUCGAUGCCUCCUCCAUAAUGAACUCAACUCCGUGAUUUCAUGAGUCUCUUUUUAAUAGUUUUGACCUUCACAGUAUACUUCGAUGAGGGGAUUAGUUGCCCUUGAUAGAAUUACAAUCUACGUGUGUUACAACACCUCUAGCUUACUGAUAUAGGAAAUAGACAGACAGGUGGAAGCUGAUUGUAGUAUGGUUCAUGUAAGACUUAGUACUGUAGAUAAAAUCACAUUACUUGGUAUCUGCCUAAUAUGCUAGGAAUUCUUUUCUUUCUUUAUCAUUCGGCGCAUAGUGCAUUAUAUUUCGAAUGGGAAAAGCAAGGGUUGUUGAUUUUUG